AUGGAGUGCUGGAAGCUGGUGGCUGCGCGCGUCAUGUCGAUGCCUGACGGUGGCGAUGCGUCGGGCACGCUCCAAGGGUUUGACGUGAAGCACGAGGCAGAUUGCGGCAAGGCACGCGCUUUUCUCAACCUCAUGUUCACCUGCCGCGAGCUGUACCAUGAUCUGCCCUGGGCCGUGCCCAAAUGGUACCUUGCGAAAGCGCUGGAACAAGCCAUCAGCGACAAGAAGCCCAGGUACAUGCCUGCGGAGCGCCCAAGCCACUUUGGCGCACAGGGCUCCAUUGGCUCGACACCUUCCAAGCCGCGCUCCUCCCACCGCUGCGGGUGCGAAGAACCCCUGAAGACACCACCAGAAAGGACAGAAGCGAGGACAGAACGAGGACAGUGCGGCUGUGGCGACAGUGACAGCAUGACAGUGUGGAUGAGACCGCUCCUGCUACUCCGGCUCGGCGUGACGUGGUCCAGCGACCUCCCUUCUGCAAGCGCGGCUGAAAGCAUUCGACCCUCAACCGACGACUUUGGCAGCACAUGGGCUGCUGCAGUGGGCGCAGGACGUGCAGGGCAGCGACAGGGGAGGGGAGGGAGGAAGGCGCAGAGGCGCAGGAGGAGGCGGAGGAAGGAAGGCGCAGAGGCGCAGAAGGAGGCGGAGGAGGAGGAGGAGAGGAAGGAGGAAGAAAAGCAGCAGCAGCAGCAGCAGCAACAACAACAACAACAACAACAACAACAACAACAACAACAACAACAACAACAACAACAACAACAACAACAACAACAACAACAACAACAACAACAACAACAACAACAACAACAACAGCAGCCACACCCCGCCCUGUUUUAUGCCACCGUCGAGUUCAACAGCCAAGCAGAGGUGGACCGCUUCAACGAGCUGCGUUCCACAGCGUUGCGUGGUGCACGUGCAGAGAAAUUGGACGUCACAACCAGAGCACCGCUGGCCUCCCUGACUGUGUGCAACGCAAACACGCUUGUCUUGCAGGACAUGUUCCAUAUGGUGGAAAGCGUCACUUUUCGCGACAUUGGACAUAUCCGAUGGCGCAGCAUAUCGUCCGAGCAAACCACCCUCCAAGGCGAAGUGUCCAACGUCGGCGGCAUCAAUUUUCAUCACAGCAUCGAACGCAACAGCUUUGCACUGUUCGCCGGCUUGCACAGCAUGAGGAUCACAAGCCAACACGCGGACCUGACACCGCUUGCUGGCAUCAGCACGCUGGUGCUUGACCGUGCGACCGUGGACAACCAGUCUGUGCUUGCAGAUGUGGAGGAGCUUCAUAUGCACCAAACGCCACUGGAGAUUGACACGCUCAACGCCAAGCGCAUUACGCUAACGUGUGGGAUGCCGGCUCGCGUUCAUCUUCCCAACGCCACUCACUUCUGGUUGAUGCAGGGAGCCUCGAACAAGGAUGUGGAGUUUGUGCUUCCACCACACCUCGACACCAUCGCGAUAGAAAGCAGGGACCCAAAGAUUCCACAGUUUGAGCACGCGCGGGUGCUGGACCUCGACUGCUAUGAAGAGGUCGACCUGUCUGACGUGGCACACCGCGUCGACAAGCUGGUGAUUCGCAGCGCACGCAUGCUGCACACCAAUGCCAGCGACCCCUUGGGCGGCCUGCUGCAUGUGCCAGACAACGUGCACGUGUGCUUGGACGACGUCCGCAACCCCCUGACCCGGAACGUGCUGCCACCAUGCGUGAAGGAGCUGUCUGCGUAUGGUCGCACAAUUCUUCGCGAAUGCGAAACCGGCGCGUAUCCGCGUGACGCCCUUCGUUUCGAACACGCUUCUGGCACAUGCUUGGCCAACGUUCCACUGCUUUCCCUCACUAGCCAUCGCCUGCGCGACGUGGAUGCCCUGCGUGGGCGGAGGCAGCUUCAUAUGACCCAUGUGAAGCAGCUUGAUGGCGAGAUCAGCGACUGCAACCACGUGUCGCUCAUGGCUUGUAAAGGUACUGCUGACGUGAGCGGAAUCACAUGGUUGUCGCUGGUGCAGGCCUUCAUCAUGGCAAGCGAUGAUGGCGGUGACAACCCAAGUGAUCCCCAUCGCAAGAUACCGAAACAUUUGCUGCAUGUUCAGCGCAUUCAACGUGUGUUCAUGUGUCAACUCUCCUUUUGCAAGAUCGUGGAUUCCUCCUGCUUCCGCAACGUCCACUGCCUCGUCCUGAAACGCUGUGUGUUCGAUGACCUGAGUGCGCUGACGUCGGUUCGCUGCCUGGCGGUGCGUGGCUGCACCAGUCUUGACGAGCAGUGGUCGUGGCCGGAUGUGGCGCUGGUGAACCGAACACCAGAGGAUAUGAUGGCCGUGCUCGAGAAGGGGGUGAGGAGAAGGAGGUUUUGCUGAGCGAGAGAGAGAGAAAGUGUGUGUGUGUGUG